CACAAGGAAGCAGGUUUGAGGAAGAAUAUCGGUGCUUUUAACAGGACCCCCCACCCCCCUUCCCUCAUGUUACCUCUUCUUUAACGAUUUAUUUAGUGCUCCGUCCUCCUUACACUGAAUUUCAACAACGCAGUGUAUGAAGAGCACUUUCUGAGCCGCUGCCAGUGAAGUAUCCAGAGCCCACAAUGUGUCGGUCUGUCCACCUGUCUGGGAAGAAUUGGGACUAUUGUAAAAAAUAAAGACUGGGCGCAUGAUGGAGUUUUUAACAUAGGCUGGCACGCAUUAUGUUUGCAAUGAUCAUAGUAAAUCCUCAAACCAACAUCGCUGCUUUGUCAUCGAAUAACACUGUUAUUGGACAUCAGUGUCGGUGCAGUAAGGUGCGCUGCGCUUAAAGCUUACUCAGUGUAAAGAAAACAUGAUAAAGAUGAUAUUGUUCCGUAAAUUCAGAGUGCUGAUACUCAUGGUGUUCUUGGUAGCGUGCACCAUGCAUAUCAUGAUAGACUUGUUACCCAAACUAGAGAAGCGGGCGGCGGGAGCGGACAGCGGGGACGGCGGCUGUCAGUGCGCUCAUCACCCGGGCGGGGAGUCGCAGGGCUGGGGGAAGCAGCGCGCCAGGUCGGCGGCUGAAGCGGGCUGGCCUAACAAGCACACGCUGAGAAUCCUGCAGGAUUUCAGCAACGAGCCAAGCUCCAACCUCACGUCCCAUUCCCUGGAAAAGAUCACGGCAGCCGGGGACAGAGCGGACUCCUUCAGGCGGAUGAGACCGUCGGUGCGGAAGGCGGAGGACCACAAGCCGCUCAUCGGAGACGCAAGUGGGGGUCGGACCGUCCCUGCCCACGGUGUCUCCCGACUGUCUGCUCUGUUUGAGCAUCCCUUAUACAAGGUUGACCUUCCUCCACUCACGGACGAUGACACUUUGUUUAACGUCAACACUGACAUCAGGUUUUAUCCAAGAGCAGCAGGGAACCAAGGAUGGCACAAUGAGCAGGGGAACGAGGAGGAGGAGGAGUUCUCUCCAACGGGGGAGGUGACCGCAGAAUCGUACCCCAACUGGCUACGUUUCCACAUUGGGAUCAACCGCUAUGAGUUGUAUGCCAGACACAGUCCUGUGCUGGACGCCUUACUGAAGGACCUGGUCACACAGAGAAUCACUAGCGUGGCCAUGAAAUCAGGAGGCACCCAGCUGAAGCUGAUCAUGACUUUCCAGAACUAUGGACAAGCGCUAUUCAAGCCUAUGAAGCAGACACGGGAGCAGGAAACCCCUCCAGACUUCUUUUACUUCUCCGACUUCGAGAGGCACAAUGCUGAGAUUGCUGCUUUUCACUUGGACAGGAUCCUUGACUUCCGGAGAGUGCCCCCGGUGGCAGGACGUCUUGUCAAUAUGACGAGGGAGAUCAGAGAUGUGACACGUGAUAAGAAGCUGUGGAGGACCUUCUUCAUCUCACCAGCCAAUAACGUCUGCUUUUAUGGAGAAUGCUCUUACUACUGCUCCACUGAGCAUGCUCUGUGCGGGAAACCAGACCAGAUCGAAGGCUCACUCGCAGCCUUCCUGCCAGACCUGAACCUGGCCAAACGCAAGACCUGGAGAAACCCCUGGAGACGCUCCUACCACAAACGCAAGAAAGCAGAGUGGGAGGUGGACCCAGAUUACUGUGAUGAGGUGAAACAGACGCCCCCGUACGACCACGGCACUCGCCUGCUGGACAUCAUGGACAUGACCAUCUUUGACUUCUUAAUGGGGAAUAUGGAUCGUCAUCAUUAUGAAACUUUUGAGAAGUUUGGAAACGAAACUUUCAUCAUUCACCUCGACAACGGAAGAGGGUUUGGAAAACACUCCCAUGAUGAGCUGUCCAUCCUGGUGCCCCUCAGCCAAUGCUGCAGGGUGAGGAAGUCCACAUACCUGCGUCUCCAGCUGCUGGCCAAAGAGGACUACCAGCUGAGCUCCAUGAUGGAGGAGUCUCUGCUGCGCGACCGACUGUCCCCUGUCCUCAUCCAGCCUCACCUCCAGGCCAUGGACCGCAGGCUCCGGCUGGUGCUGCAGGUCCUGGCAGGCUGCGUGGAGAAAGAAGGCUAUGUUAAUGUUGUGGAGGAGGAUUUAGUCGGGGACACAGCCACCCACAGGAGCCCAGGUCACAGGUAGUGAGGGAAACGCUCCAAGGUGACGGGGACCACCAAUGACACAUGGACAAUGGACCACAUCUGUGGCUGUCUGACCAAUGGGAUUGGACCAGAAAUCCCACUUCUGAUAUCAAGCUGAAUUCAGUGAAUUCCAAGACUUGCCAUCAUUGCCUCUAUGGAACCUGCUUUGAAGUGUGUUUAUAGAAGAAACAGAUACAAUGAAAGACUGUGCUCACACAGAGGCUUUGUAUUUGUUAGAUACAGAUGUAUUUUUGUUUUACCAGAUGUUGUAUAAGACAUAAAGGAACCACUGCUGUGCUCUGAUUUUGUCCUGUUUGUUUUGAAUAUGGAGGGUAUCAGCUUGUUUUAUGUGUUUUAUUAUAUUAGUGCAUAACCAAAUGAGAACUUAAACUGACUGGGCAUCUCAUGGUCAGACAAUAAGCUUUAUCAGUUAUCACGAUGUAUGAAAAGGUUAAGAAAGUGUGUGGGCGUUAGGAGAGUUUUUUUGUAAAACAUGUUAGAAAAUAUAGUUUUCACAUUCUGCAGUCGACUAGAUCAGCGGGAAAAGCUAAGUCAGGCCUGGCACAAACAAGGAGAAAAAAAAGUGUGUUCUGUUGAUCUGUCUUCGUGAGCUUUUUGUCUUGGCACAGACUUGGAACAGACCGAUUGAAAAUAUAAUUACACACUUCUGAACAGCAUAAAUCAGUUCAAGUAUAUUUCUCACUGUAGUUCAAACAAUACCUUCACUUUGCCUUAUUCCAAUUUUAUAUCUCUUUUUUUUUACUUUCCCAUCUCCCCACUACAUGCAGUACAACAGCACAACACAAACAUUAUUUUGUAAACCAAAAAUACUCUAAAUGUAAACAGUCCACACUGAUGUGCUGGUUAUUGUUUAUUAAAUGGUAUGUCACUACAUUCAAGUGCACUACCAUUCUUACCUUCCUCGUCUGCUCUGAUAUAAUUUUACAAUUUAUGCAAUGCAAAAUGUUACAGUUUGUAUGUUGUUUCAUUUUAUGAGAUUUAAUGUCCAAAUUACUAUUUAUUGGUGCGUUACAAAGAGUGAAAGUGGUUUAAUAAAUUCUAGGUCAUGGUUUUGCUUCAUGUUGCUUUAUACGUCAGGAAAUAUUUAGCAUUUGGAUACUAUUUAAAUUGACAUUCCUUUGGGUACUAUUUUUAUGUUCGGAUGAUAGACAAAGAACUGAGCUGUUGGAUUUUGGACAUUAAGUUGUUGAAGUGGUGCCAGUGCAAUUUUCAGUUUCCUCCUUAAGAGUCCUGUGCAUUGGCUAACCCAGUACCUGUGCAAUGACAGAAAUGGAGUACUUGAAUGUUUUUGGGUUUGCAGUAUGGACAGGAUUCAUAGAACUAAAAACAGUGUAAAAGCCUGGGAGCUGGACUCAAGUCUGCUUUGGGGGUGAUAUAGGGGUUAAAAUGCCCCAUCCCACCACAGGGAUAACUUGUUUUCAUAAUCUCAGUGUAAAUACCUAUAAAUACUUUGAAGACCUAACAAGCUGCACCGCACAGUGAUUUGCUUCUGUUUUCUGCUAUUGCAUUGUUACUGUGAAGAUCUGUUUACUAAAUGAUUAAAGUGUGCAAUAAAAACAAAA